AUGUGGGGGGGAUCAGAAAUCUGCCGCGAGUCUCGGGCAGCUGUCUUCUCUGGCAAAUCUUAUCCUCGCCGGCAUCUGCCUGACGACGUCGCUCUCCUCCCACGCCUAUGCACGCUCAAGCUAGACGUUGGCAUGGCCGUACAGCUGCAUCCCUCUGUAUACCUUGCCACCACACUCAAAGACCUCACGAUUGAAAAGACUAGAACUCUACAUUCUCUGCCCGAGGAGUUCGGGCAGCUUACUGCCCUCGAGGCCCUGCGCCUGGUUGAGCUUCCGCGGCUCAGCAGCCUGCCCGCGUCGAUUGGCAACCUGAGGAGCCUCAAGGAGCUGAAACUUGCGACAUGCAGCCUGCUGACGCAGCUUCCAGACUCGCUCACUCUGCUUUCUUCCCUUGAGCUGCUGGAUAUCAAGGAUUGCUGCAAGCUGACAGAGCUACCGCAUGGCAUGGGGGAUGGGCUGCAUAGCCUGCGCGGACUGACUCUGCUCGAAUGCACGGCUCUCACCCACCUCCCUCCAUCCAUCUCCAGCCUCUCCUCCCUCGCAACCCUAGAAAUCCAUCGAGCAACCAGCUUAGGCGCGCUACCAGACGGGUUCUCCCACUUGACAAGCCUUAAGAAGCUCUCUUUCUAUGACUUACCGCACCUGCCCGCCCUGCCCGCCCUGCCCGCCCUGCCCGCCCUGCCCGCCUCCCUCCCUGCCAUCGGCCACUCUCUCACCAGCCUCGAGCUGGUCAACUGCAAGCAAAUCACGGUGCUGCCAGAUGAGAUCGGACGGUUGGGAGCGCUUGAAGCUCUCACGCUCUACAACAUGCCCGACCUGAAGUCGCUCCCUCGCUCGCUGUGUGAGCUGCAGCGGUUGAAAAAACUGCAAGUGAGCUGCAGCACGCUGCAGUCGCUGUUUGGGGAUGAAGACCGGGGAGUCGUAUCGCAUGGCCGUGGGGCGGGAAGCACCUGCCUCCAGUUACCCAGUCACACGGGUAGCAGCAGUGCCGCUGGCAGCUGUGGGGGGUCCGACUCGAGUGACAUGGGUGUGUUGCUGCCAUCCCUCCAAGACCUUCAACUGGCGGCCCUUCCAUUGCAGCAGCUCGGGGCAUCGCUGGGCUCUUUCUCAUCGCUAACCCACCUCGAGAUCCCGCACAUGAAUCGCCUCCGCUCGCUGCCAGACUCCAUCUCUCGCCUCUCUCGCUUGCAGUCACUCACGAUCACUUCUGCCAAAAGCCUGCUAGCUCUGCCAGAGUCGAUAGGGCAGCUCUCAGCUCUCACAUCCCUCCACCUUGACGGUCUCAUGCGCUUGACUGCUCUGCCUGAGUCAUUUGGGCAGCUGAAGAAGCUUCAGCCUGCCCGAAUCUUUUUCGCAGCUGCCCGCACUGGAGGAGUUGAACCUGACCCAGUGCGAGGGGCUGGCUCAGUUACCCUCGGGCCUGCAGCAGAUGGGGAAGCUGUAGACUUGCAUUAUCAGUGGGUGCCCACUGCUGCCGACAAGAACGAGUGUGGGGAUGGUGCGGCUAGUGUUGAGUCAUUGUUAGAUCUACACUACCAUAUUUCCAACUCCUGGCGUGCAGGGGACUUUGGAGAGGAGCAGGUGCAGCAGGUGGCGGCAGUGAAAGCCAUGAUGGCCGCUGUGGGGGCCGAUGUGGGGGCUCACCUAGGCAGCCUGCACGUGGGGUACGGCAGGGUGGACCUCCCCCAGUGGCACCUGUUCAUCACCAUGCGCACUCUAUUGUACCUCUCCUUGUUCCGUCGUGCUUUCUCCAUCCCUUCUCCCACCCUCCCCACCCACACCAGCCUAGGCAGCCUGCACGUGGGGUACGGGCGGGUGGACCUCCCCCAGUGGCGCCUGUCCAUCGUGGGAGCUCGCCCCUUCUCCUACGGCCCCUCCAGCUGGGCUAAGAGCUUCUACCGCGCCAGGCCUGGGAUCGCACCUAUGGGACAUUUGCGUCCCCUCCAAAGGGCUGCCACCAGGAGGGGACUUUGGGGGGACGAAGGUGAGGAGGAGCAGAAGGGUGGUCAAGAUAAGGGGGCCGUCAUGGUGAUCGGGAAGGAGAGGGUCGGGGAGGGAAGCGAUGAUCACAGCAUCUCUGUUCGGCAGGCUCUGCGGACCUCUGCUGGUGCUGGGCUAGAGGAACCAAAAUUCUGUUCUAACCUGUCUUGCCCUCGUCCUUCCAUGCCCUUCUUUCCCCCAGAUUUAUCCAAGGCCAUUACAGCAAGCCUGGCGGACGGGCGGCACAUCCCAAGGGUGUUGUUUGGCCACAUGCACCGCGACCUCUUCCCCCGCUCCAACCGCCUCACCACCACUCACACUGCCCCCACGCGGCAAGGGGAGGCUGCCACCCAACGUCGCAUGGCUGCAGUGCUGCUGCACCCCGCCUCGUCGCCUCUCCCCUCCACUGCCUCCCCUCCAGUCGCCGCCACUCCGCCAGCUGAACAGGCUGCCAUGGCUGCACCAGCUGCACUAUCUAUGCCUGUUCUUGCAGGUAACAUGCCACUAGCUGCUCCCUCCACCACCUAUGCCAGCAACCAAGCCAGAACCCACACAGUGUUUCUCAACGCUGCAGUCGUGCCGCGGAUAGUCUCUCUUGACGAGGAGCAUUUCACCCGCACCUCUGGGCCAGGCUUGGCAGUCUACCCCGCUCCUGGUUCGGAGCCGCGUGACCCAACACCAGGGCUAUUGCCGCCAUACUGGAAAGGAAUGGGAGAGAAUUGUGGAGCAGGCGGAGAAGAAGUGGACAGUGGGCCGCUGGGUGUGUCUGCAGGAGUGUGCAGAAGGAUGGAGGGGUUAGGGAUAGGUGAUGCGAGGGAUGAGAGGGGAGGGGAAGAGGUGCAGGUGGCAGCACAAGCAGGGUGUGUGGCGGAUGGAGCCUCACCGUCUGAGAGGUUAACAAAACGAGGGGUCGACUCACUUCCAGUCGCUGGUGUGGGGGAUGAAGAUGGGGAGGGGCGUGGGGAAGCGUGUGGGGAGGGGUGUGGUGGGGAAGGAGGAGCGGAAAGGGGAGGAGAGAAAGAAGCAGUGGUAUGGGAGGAUGAGGUGCGGUGGGAGGGGGUGGAUGGUGUAGCGGUGGAAGGAGGCGUGGGGGAGAGGGAUGCGGGUGCAGCCCCGUCGCUGCACCACUUUGUGCUGGCACACCUGGCGGUGCAGGGAGCAGUGGAGCAGGGGCAGGCAAAUCAGGGUCCAGUGGGGCAGGGCUCAGUGGGACAGGAAUCUGUGCCACCUGCAUUGGCUGACUCUGUGGCGGCAGCUCUUGCUGACGGUGACUGGGAAGGGCAGUGUGUGGAUGGUGGGGCAGGCCGGAAUCAGUAUGCCAACCUCUUCUCUGACCCAUCAGGUGAGCGUUGGGUGUAA